UUUGGGUUGAAGAAGAUACCAGAAGUGGCGUAUUUUGCAGACAGCUGCAGCAACGGAGUCGGGUGUCUUUACUUCUUUUACCGACGGUGGCUCUGAAGAAACAACAGGAAGCAGGACUGGAGGUAGCAGAAAUGAAGAUGCUGAGCUUCUCGCUUGCAAAACAUUGUCCAUAUCCUGACCCACUGCGCAAUGGAGAACUGCACUAUGAGGAUACGGUGUACCAGAGUACAAUCAACUACACCUGUCAUGAAGGGUACACCCUGUCUGGACCAAACACUACUAAAUGCCAAGCAGAUGGAAAAUGGAGUACACCAGUGCCAUUGUGCAAACCUGUAUCCUGUGGUCUUGCUCCAAUCCCAAAGUUUGGUCUUAUCAGUUACAACAAGAGGGUCAACGGAAACACAACUUAUUUUGGCACCCAUGGGACAUAUGAGUGCUUGCCUCCAUACGUCCUCUUUGGAAAUGCUCAUGCCGAGUGCACUGCCAACGGCAACUGGACUGAGACACCUGAAUGUCGAGUGGUCACGUGCCCUCCACCAGAGAACAUUUUCAAUGGUUAUAUGUCCAGUAACAACCAGCAAAAUUACAACUUCAUGGAGACAGUGCAGUAUGGUUGCAAAGGGGACUAUAUGCUGGAAGGAACCUUCCAAAUUGUUUGCCAGAAGAAUGGAAAUUGGUCUGAAAAACCAGCCUGUAAAGCUCCUUGUAGCAUUGACAUAAAAAGAGGAAGAAUACUGUACAAGGAAAAAAAACUCUGGAUUGAAGACCUCAAUCCAAACAAAGUCUUCCAUAGUGACAUUGUAUCAGUCUACUGCUUGGAAAAGGUCAGGAAGUGCGGCUAUGCUGUCUCAACUCAGUGCAUUGAUGGAAAACUAAAAAUCCCUGAAUGCUAUGAAGAGCCAAGCGGGAUAGAGUAUGGCAUUCAUUCUAGUUCACUUCCAUCAGAAAUACAAGGGUGCUGAGAUGAGAGCAUCAGACCUGUUCCCUGAUGAUGAUUGCAUCACCAUAAUACCCAGAGCAAAACCAC